AUGUCGUCCAAUACGGGCACGCUGAGAACCCCUCGUGGCCAGGGCCGCGGCGCAGUGCCCCCGUCGGGCAUUCCAAGGCCCGUCGCCGAUACUUCGAGCGACAUUGGCACGUCGGCCGUCAGUGCCAGCCGAGAGAAGCAGAGUAAGAGAGAUGAGGCCAUCCGCCGGAAGAUGGAGAAGGAUCUCCAGAAGAAGAAGCACCUCACAGCCCGCACCCGUACGACGAGAAAGGCUCCCCCAGGCACCGUCCUUGCCCUCAAGCCCAGCCAAGCACUGCAGAUCAAGCCGUCCACGACGGUCGCCGAGGCGGCCCAGUUGAUGGCCGCCAAGCGCGAGGACUGCGUGCUCGUGACGGACGAUGACGACCGCAUUGCCGGCAUCUUUACUGCCAAGGAUCUUGCCUUCCGUGUUGUCGGCGCCGGGCUGAAGGCUACCAACGUCGCCGUCGCCGAGAUUAUGACCAAGAACCCGCUGUGCGCCAGGACAGACACCAGCGCAACCGAUGCUCUCGACUUGAUGGUGCGCAAGGGCUUCCGCCACUUGCCUGUUAUGGAUGAAAACCAGGAUAUCUCGGGUGUUCUCGAUAUCACAAAGUGCUUCUACGACGCCAUGGAGAAACUGGAGCGUGCCUAUGCUUCUUCACGCCGUCUGUACGACGCCCUCGAGGGUGUGCAGUCUGAGCUGGGUACGAGCCAUCCUCAGCACCUCAUCCAGUACGUCGAGGCCCUGCGUCACAAGAUGUCUGGCCCUACGCUCGAGUCGAUUCUUGACGGCCGACCGCCGGUCACGGUCAACGUGCGCACGUCGGUGAGGGAGGCCGCACAGCUCAUGAGGGAGAACCAUACGACGGCUGUGCUGGUUCAGGAUCAGGGCGCUAUUACCGGCAUCUUUACCAGCAAGGAUGUCGUCCUUCGUGUCAUUGCCCCCGGCCUCGACCCCGCGACCUGCAGCGUCGUCCGGGUCAUGACCCCGCACCCCGACUUUGCACCUAUGGACAUGAGCAUCCAGGCCGCUCUGCGGAAGAUGCACGACGGCCACUACCUUAACCUCCCUGUGAUGAACGAUGCUGGCGAGAUCAUCGGCAUGGUUGACGUGCUGAAGCUCACGUACGCUACGCUCGAACAGAUCAACAGCAUGAACACGACCGACAACGAGGGCCCGGCCUGGAACAAGUUUUGGCUGUCCCUCGAUCAUGAGACUGAGUCGAUGGUCUCGGGUGACGGCUCCUUCCAGCACACCCAUCACACGCGGUCGCUGGUGUCACCGGAUAUGGGCCGUCACAUCACGGAUAGCGUGGCGCCUGGCGACUCCGCAAGCCGUGCUGGGCUUGACGACGGUAGUGCCCUCGGCCCUUCGCCCGAUAUCCCGCCCGGCGAUGUUCCAUUUACUUUCAAGUUCAAGGCGCCCAGCGGCCGUGUUCACAGGCUUCAGGUCAUCGCUGCCCAUGGUAUUGCUGAGUUCGUCGCAAACGUCGUCGGCAAGCUGGGUGACGAGGUCGAGGCUAUUGGUGGUGCCCCGAUGGUCGAGGAGGGCAAGGUCUCGGGCGGCUUUGCCCUGAGCUACCUGGACGACGAAGGUGACCCGGUCUCCAUCACCACCGACCAAGAUCUUCUAGAGGCUAUCAUCACUGCACGGCACGGUCACCGCGACAAGGUCGAUUUGUUUGUGCACGACCCCAAGGAGAUGCCGGUCAAGUCGCAACCUGUUGCCGAGCCCCUGCCGACACCUCCCGAGUCCUCAGUCCUGCGUCGCCGUAAGGUCGUGGAAUCUGAGGACGAGGAUGAGGAGGAGCUCUCGGAUGAGGAAGAUAUCCCUGUGCGCCGUCGGCAUGGGCGCACUAGGACUGUGCAGCCGGUGGAACAGGUUAUCCCCGGCGUGCCUAAUGAGCUGCUGCUGCCAGGCGCCAUUGCCAUGUUAGCCGUGGCCAUUGUGGGGUCAACCGAGGGUUUCGAGUAUACUGUAGCCACCUACGUUCGUUACUGGAGGAUACCAGGCCAUAACUUGCUGUACCGGAUGGUUUCAUGCUGCAUCAAUUGGUCCGAGAAAAGUUGCUCGGGUCAUGGUUCGAGACUUGGGCUCGUCCUCUAUGGCAAUGACCCCAGCAACACCGUUUCCGCCAUGAUCAUUAGGAAUUUUGGCGUCCGGCACGGCCGGCAAGCCCUUGCGGCGCCCUUUUCACAAGUAUGUCGAGCGCUGUCGAGCAGCGCGCCGCGGACGACAACCACAACCACUACGACGACCACGACGGAAACAAUAACGGCCGAACCCUCGGCCGCCCAAGAUGACUCUGCCCUGCGCUACCGCCGUAUGACCACCUACCAGCAAUACCAGGCGGCCAAAGAGGCCGCGCGCAAGGCCGAGCUGGCCAAGAUCCCGCCCAACUGGUACGAGUACCAGCACCAGCGCGACGCCACCCACAAGGUCGGCUCCUUCGUCGAGACCCGCUACCACCCUUACCAGUACCUCGACAACCCGCCGCAUGAUGUGACACUCGAGAUGCUCAUGGCCGCCCAGACGCACAUGGGCCAUCAUACCUCGCUGUGGAACCCGGCGAACUCGCGGUAUAUCUAUGGUGUGAGGGCGGGCAUUCAUAUCAUUUCGCUGGAGACGACCGCGGAGCAUUUGAGGCGUGCCGCGAGGGUCGUUGAGGAGGUGGCUUAUUAUGGCGGGCUGAUCCUGUUUGUGGGCACGAGGAAGGGCAUGAGGCCGGCGGUGGUGCGCGCCGCGGAGCUGGCGAAGGGGUGUCAUUUGUUCCAGAAGUGGACGCCAGGAGCGAUUACCAACCGUGAUGUUAUCCUGGCCAACAGGCAGCUGCAGGUUGUGGAUGAGAGGGAUCGGCCGCUGCAGGGAUUCGAUGAGCAUAUCCGCGACUGCAGGCCAAUUAUCCCGGAUCUGGUCGUCUGCUUCAACCCCAAGGAGAACUACACCCUGCUACAUGAGUGUGGCCUGGAGAAUAUCCCGACUAUUGGUGUCAUUGACACUGAUGCUGACCCGACCUGGGUUACGUACCAGAUCCCGGCCAACGAUGAUAGCAUCCGCUCCAUCACCCUAAUUGCCGGCGUCCUCGGUCGGGCCGGUGAGCGUGGCCAGAGGAGACGACUGAACGAGGCCGAGCAAGGCCUAGUGACGUGGCGCAACCCGGGCCCGGUCGAGCGGUACAUCAACAUCUCGGCGCAGCUCAAGGCGCGUAAGGAGGCCGAGGAGAUUCUCAAGGCGCACAAGCUGGGCGAAUUGCAGAAGCAGGCAUCGGAGGAGUCGUACAUGACGGAUGACGAGCUGCUGGAGCGCAUGUUCGAUCCGGCGUCCAUCAGGGAGGCCCCCGUAGAGGACAGACUCACGCCGGAGGAAGAGGAGUGA